GGAGUCAUCUCGGCCUCCGUACUGGCGUAAGUGAACGUGGCCGGGCUUUGCCGAGAAUUACCUGAGGAAAAAAACGUUUUUCUGUUAUAGUUACUUGGGAGCGUUUUCUUGCUUUCGCCAUGAGUCGAAACUACAACGAUGAAUUGCAAUAUUUGGAUAAACUGGAUAAGAACUGCUGGCGCAUCAAGAAAGGAUUUGUGCCCAACAUGAACGUGGAGGGUGUGUUUUAUGUGAACGAUCCUUUGGAGAAGUUGAUGUUUGAAGAACUAAGAAAUGCAUGCCGAGGUGGAGGUGUUGGUGGCUUUCUUCCAGCCAUGAAACAAAUUGGCAAUGUAGCUGCAUUACCUGGUAUUGUUCAUCGAUCUAUUGGACUUCCUGAUGUUCAUUCAGGGUAUGGCUUUGCUAUUGGCAAUAUGGCAGCCUUUGAUAUGAGUGAUCCAGAAGCAGUAGUUUCACCAGGAGGUGUAGGGUUUGACAUUAACUGUGGUGUUCGAUUGCUGCGGACCAACCUUGAUGAGUGUGAUGUCCAGCCAGUGAAGGAGCAGCUUGCACAAUCCAUGUUUGACCACAUUCCUGUAGGGGUGGGAUCCAAGGGUGUCAUCCCCAUGAAUGCCAAGGACCUGGAGGAAGCUUUAGAGAUGGGGGUAGACUGGUCCUUACGAGAGGGCUAUGCCUGGGCUGAAGAUAAAGAGCACUGUGAAGAAUAUGGGAGGAUGUUGCAGGCAGAUCCAAAUAAAGUGUCGGCAAGAGCUAAGAAAAGAGGUUUACCUCAGCUGGGGACUUUGGGAGCAGGAAACCACUAUGCUGAGAUACAGGUGGUGGAUGACAUUUAUAAUGAAUAUGCUGCCCGAAAGAUGGGUAUAGACCAUAAGGGACAAAUAUGUGUGAUGAUCCACAGUGGGAGCAGAGGCCUUGGCCACCAAGUAGCUACAGAUGCCUUAGUAGCUAUGGAAAAAGCAAUGAAACGAGACAAGAUCAUAGUGAAUGACCGUCAAUUGGCAUGUGCCAGAAUAGCUUCUCAGGAAGGCCAAGAUUAUUUGAAAGGGAUGGCAGCAGCUGGAAACUAUGCAUGGGUCAAUCGUUCCUCCAUGACUUUUCUUACUAGACAGGCAUUUGCUAAAGUCUUCAACACCACCCCCGAUGAUCUGGACAUGCAUGUAAUCUACGAUGUGUCUCACAACAUUGCAAAAGUAGAACAGCAUGUGGUAGAUGGAAAAGAACGGACCUUGUUGGUGCAUAGGAAAGGAUCAACCAGAGCAUUCCCUCCUCACCACCCUCUUAUAGCUGUGGAUUACCAACUGACCGGCCAGCCAGUGUUGAUCGGCGGAACAAUGGGAACUUGCAGUUACGUCCUUACUGGUACUGAACAAGGCAUGACUGAAACCUUUGGAACCACCUGCCAUGGAGCAGGCCGUGCAUUGUCCCGUGCCAAAUCACGACGUAACUUGGAUUUCCAGGAUGUGUUGGACAAGUUGGCAGAUAUGGGGAUUGCGAUCCGUGUUGCAUCUCCCAAACUAGUCAUGGAAGAAGCUCCUGAAUCUUAUAAGAAUGUGACAGAUGUGGUUAACACCUGCCAUGCAGCUGGCAUCAGCAAGAAAGCAAUUAAACUGAGGCCCAUUGCAGUAAUCAAAGGGUGAAGAAGCCAUUCACAGAAUCUUGACAGAAACUCUUCUUACUCAGACUACUUGUUAAUUAUGUUUCCAUCCAGAUGGAAACUCUCACAAACUGUUUGUUAGAACUUUUGGACUUAAGAAAUAUGGUACAAAAAAGAUAAACCAAGAUCUGUUGCUCUUUUGAUCUAAUGGCAAGUUGUCUGAAGCUGACUGAGUUUCUUUAAGGGAAAAAUGUGAAACAGUUUUUCAGAAGAUUAUCUGAUCCUAAUAAACGGUCUGUUCUGUCUAUAAUGAGAUUUCUGACCAGUGCUAAUAUGAUAGCUAUCUUUUUUCAAGAAGGCUGGGUGAGUUUUCCCCCCUAACUUUAGUUGUUUCUCUCUAAUAAAGACUUAGAGUCCCAAGUAAUAAUAUAUAACAUCUCUUGAAUUUAUUCGUUAGCAUGACAGUUUUUGACCAAUAAAUUAAGCCUGACUAAGCUAGUAAUCUGUAGGAUGUAGCAAAAUUUGCAAAUGUUCUUACUACAGACGUCCGUGAAGCAGCAGUUUCUUCUGAGGUGUUUUUGACUAAGCAAGGAUAAGUUGCAUCCCCACUACACAACAGAGGGUACUUCUUAGGAGCAGUUGAUUCUGUGCACAUCUCAGAGUAAUAUCUCUAUCUGAAGUUUUACUUGUACUUUAGUGGAGGAACAAUACUACAUUCUGAAAAAGAAAACCAGCUUUCCAUUGAAGACAUAGCUAGCUUUCAGUAAUGCUUUAAGCCAUUCCUGUCUAGAACAUACCUAAUAGCUAUAUCGAUAAAGAGCUGAGGUGGUGCAGUGGUUAGAAUGCAGUAUUGUAGGCUAAUUCUGCCAACUUCCAGCAGUUCGAUUCUCACCAGCUCAAGGUUGACUCAACGUUCCAUCUUUCCGAGGUUGGCAAAAUGAGGACCCAGGGUAAUAUGCUGACUCUGUAAACUGCUUAGAGAGGGCUAUGAAGCACUGUUAUAUAAGUCUAAGUGCUAUUGCUGUUGCUAUCCUCCAAGCUGUCAUUAAAAAAUACAAAAACUUGGUCUUUUGUUGCAUCUUCUGAACACUGACUAAAUAGACCGUGUAGAUAGAGCAGUAUCUGAGUUACUUCUUAAAAUGGCAAACUGGAAAUCAUAUUGAUUGUACUGUUUUUGACUUUACUUCUAUCUUAUAAAUUUAAAUGGCUGCUUAUUUACAUUUUUUUAAAAAAAUCUCCAAGACUUUCCAGAUCUUGAAACCUUCUAAAUAAAGCUGCAAGGAAAUAAUUGCAAAAGUUCAGAAGUUACCUUUCAUUUAAAGACAAUCAGAUCUAUUUGUAAUUUAGGAGUAAAGCAGAUGUUCUGAAGUGGGGAGAUGGUAUUGCUGCUACUCCGCGGUAUAAGUAAUUUAAUUUGAACUUUACAAAUAAUCUCUAGUAGUCCUAAAUUCAGUCUGUUUGGACUAAGUGUGUUGAUUUUUCAGAACUCACAAUGAGUUCUUCUGCUUCAUUAUAAAAUGUGUUACAAUGAGUGCCAUCAGUAGAGGGCAGCUUAUUAAAGAUAAACUGAAAGAAAUGGCAUUACUAGAGAAAAGUUUGAAAGAAACACUGGAUAAAGAGUGCAGUAUUCUUUUGAAAAAGAUUGGUAAACUGAUGUCACUAGUAGUUUGCAAUUAAUUUAACAAGCCCAAUAAACUAAAGUUUAAACAGGAUAAAACAGAAAAUAGUUUGUAAAAGCUAUAUAAAUCUACUCUUCAGACUAAGAGCAUGACUUAUGUGUGCUGAAUCUCUGUGCCGUUUUGGCACUAUUGCAAACAAUAACAAGAUCACAUUGUCUUUAGUAUGAAAACAGAAAGAUAGAAAAGUCGACAUUCUAAUUACAAAAAACACUCUCUCCUA